UGCAGCAAUAAAUACAGCAACAAUAAGCACAUUAGUAUAUUAAUUAUAAACAUGUAGGGCUAAUAAAUUACGAGUUAGCCUUGUCCAGUAUGACCAAUAUAACGCCGAAUACCCAUAAGUAGAUAAAUAUCACCACUCAUAAGCCAAAGCAGGAGAAGUGAAAGUGUUAACGGUGUGACAACAACAUGCCGCCUAGUUGGACGCGCUUCCUAGUACAAGCUGCUCUAUUACUCUGCAGCUUGCAAUGGGUGUGCAGUGAACUUGCAACCGCGGCAGAAGUGGAUAGAGUUGCCUGCGUUAGUCCGACUUUGAUAAAGCGUCACAAUCUGAAUCCACAGCUUUACGGCGGUUGCGAGUAUCGUAAACGAAAUGCAACUGUGUCACAAUUUCGCCGCUUGCGUCGAGAGAUUAAACCAAUAUUUCGGGGGCACCCAAAGCCACGCGGAGAGGUUCUGGCAAAUAAGUUCCACAUGAACUCAUUCGGCGCCGACCAAACUGACUCCCUGGUGAAGCUAGUUAAUAAAAUCGCCAUUGAGUAUCUGUACAAGUGUCCACCAGUUAUCUACUAUGACAGUUUCGUUAAGAAAUCCGAGGCCAUGAUACUGGAAAGUCUUUUUAAGACUUUUCCCAUCACCUUUUACCAUGGCGAAAUAAACGAACAUUAUAAGGCCAUCAAUUCAAGGUUACGACGACGCAUAGACAGCCAGUGUAAAAGUUAUAUACUAUUUCUUUCGGAUCCAGAGAUGACGCGCAAAAUCAUUGGACCACAAAUCGAAAGUCGAGUUGUGCUGGUCGCGCGCUCGACACAAUGGAAGCUGAGAGAUUUUCUGUCCUCGGAAGCCUCUUCAAAUAUUGUCAAUUUAUUGGUCAUAGGCGAGUCACUGACCGAGACUCCAUCGCGUGAACGUCCUUACGUACUCUACACCCAUAAACUAUAUACCGAUGGUUUGGGUUCUAAUACGCCGAUUGUAUUGACCAGCUGGAUUCGGGGCGCACUUUCUCGUCCGCAUGUUAACCUCUUUCCGACGAAAUUUGCAAAUGGUUUCGCCGGACACAGUUUCCAGGUGUCGGCUAUAAAUCAGCCACCUUUUAUAUUUCGCAUUCAGUCGCUAUCCCGGGGUGGCAGUUCUCACACCAAUUGGGAUGGCUUGGAAUACCGUUUACUCAAUAUGAUUGCGUCGAAACUCAAUUUUACCAUCGACAUCAUAGAGCCAGCCAGACGCACAAAUGUUAAGAGCGUCAUUGACAACAUAAUGCUUCAAGUCCGCACUAAAGCAGCCGACAUCGGCAUGUGCGGCCUAUAUAUUACGGAUGAUCGCAUCACGGAAACCGACAUGUCCAUUGGGCAUUCGCGCGAUUGCGCCAGUUUUAUUACGCUUGCGUCCAAAGCUUUGCCAAAAUAUCGUGCUAUUAUGGGCCCCUUCCAGUGGCCGGUUUGGGUUUGUAUUGUGGUGAUUUAUUUGGGCGCCAUAUUUCCUAUUGUAUACAGUGAUCGGUUGACGUUGCGCCACUUGAUCGGCAAUUGGGGCGAAAUGGAGAACAUGUUUUGGUAUGUCUUCGGCAUGUUUACCAACAGCCUAACAUUUUCGGGCAAAUACUCGUGGACCAGCACACAGAAGACAUCGACACGUCUGCUUAUAGGGUCUUAUUGGUUGUUUACUAUAAUAAUAACGGCAUGUUAUACCGGCUCCAUCAUUGCGUUCGUAACACUGCCAGCCUUUCCGAAUACUGUGGAUUCCGUUAACGACUUGUUGGGUCUUUUCUUUCGCGUAGGAACACUAGACAAUGGUGGUUGGGAGACUUGGUUCCAGAACUCCACGCAUGUCCCCACAGUCAAAUUGUACAAGAAAAUGGAGUUCGUUUCCAACCUGGAAGAAGGUAUUGGCAAUGUAACGCAAAGUUUCUUCUGGAACUAUGCAUUCUUAGGCUCGGCGGCACAACUGGAGUUCAUGGUGCAGAAGAAUUUCUCAGACGACAACAUUUCACGUCGGUCGGCUUUGCACCUCAGUGAGGAAUGUUUUGCAUUGUUCCAAGUUGGCUUCCUCUUUCCGCGAGAUUCAGUUUACAAGCGCAAAAUCGAUUCAAUGAUCUUGCUCGCGCAGCAGAGUGGUCUAAUGAAUAAAAUACUCAAUGAGGUCAAAUGGUCCAUGCAACGCUCGGCUAGUGGCAAACUGCUACAGGCGAGCUCAGCCAAUGCGCUGCGUGAGCGUAUACAAGAGGAACGCCAGUUAACCACAGCCGACACGGAGGGCAUGUUCCUAUUGAUGGGUAUCGGUUAUCUGCUCGGCGCUAUAGCGCUCGUUUCCGAAAUCGUAGGCGGCAUAACCAACAAGUGCCGGCAAAUAGUACGCCGCUCGCGCAAGUCCAUUUCCAGUGCAUGGUCAUCAAAACGUAAUUCUGAAGACGGCGAAGGUUUGCGUACGGCAGCUGAGCAAUUGGCGCACGAGCAACGCAAGGAGGUCAAACGCAAAGCUGAGAAGCAAGGUUUCGGCAUGCGUGAGUUCAAUCUCACAAAGAAGACGCUCAAGGAAUUGUACGGCAACUAUUACAAGCAGGAGCCAACCUACGUUUUGAAGGAUGGUAAACUAUUGCUGGAAACCGAGGCGCUUUCGACCAGUUCGGCCGAUUACCACUCACGUGACUCCAGUGGCGAGGUGCCCGCCAACAUGUUGCCACAUCUACAUUGCAAGAAAAAGGCGAUGCUGGUAGCAGAGAUCGAUGUGGAGCGUGAGCGUGAACGUGAACUUAUGGCUGCGGCAGCGGAGGAAUCCUUAGCGGCAUUGGACGCGUGUCUUAAAUUGGAACAAGACACGGACAGCAGUGAGCGCAGCGAAGACGAUGUGGCCUACGAGUAUGAACUAUUCGGCAGUCUGGUGGAACCCGAAGGACCGUUAAGUACAAAAUUGGAUGAUCUAAAUCUGUUCACAGAAGGCGCCGCUGAGCUCGAAAAAGUGGAGAACGAGCCGGUGGAGGCGAGGAAGAGUUAAAA